CAGCUCCUCCCUCCACCUUGCACAGCGCCGACUCCUCCCUCUCCGUCUUUCUUUUGCGCGCUCGCGUUCGCGCUCUGCUGGGUAUGGCAUGUACGCGAGCGGGUGCGCUCCUGUUUACAUGCAUGCCUGCAUCUGGGACAGACUCUCUUAUUUGAGGACCGUAGCCGUUUCUGCUCAAUCCUGAGAAUUUUCGGGACAUCUUGCUCUUGCGAUUUGAGGAAUUGCGUGCUGUUUUUUUUUUUUUAAAUUUAAUUUACUCGUUAAAUUCUUUAAGGGCCUCCGUUGUGCCACUCUGGAGCGCUUUGGAUGUAAACUGCACUCUGGCAGAAUGGGAUCGCCAAAUUUAGACUCCACUGCAUGACGUUUCUGCAGGUUACCAUCAAAAUGGUGGCUGGAGAGGCAAAUGGGCACAGCUACCUUAUGGCAUGCUGGCAGCCCAUUCUCAUCCUGAUGCUGGGUACCGUCCUGUCAGGUUCCGCCACCGGCUGCCCCUCUCGCUGCGAAUGCAGCGCCCAAGAGCGCUCGGUCGUGUGCCACCGGCGGAAGCUGAUCGCCCUCCCCGAGGGAAUUCCCAUUGAGACGCGGCUGCUGGAUCUCAGCAAGAACCGCCUGAAAGCCAUGAACCCCGAGGAGUUUCUCAACUACCCACACCUGGAGGAGCUACAGCUUAAUGAGAACAUCAUUGCGGUCAUCGAACCGGGGGCUUUCAGCAACCUCCUUGGCUUAAGAACGCUGGGACUGCGCAACAACAAGCUUAAGUUGAUCCAGCUGGGUGUUUUCACUGGCCUCAGUAACCUCACUAAGUUAGAUAUUAGUGAGAAUAAGAUUGUCAUUUUGUUGGACUAUAUGUUUCAAGACCUUUACAACCUGAAGGAGCUAGAGGUGGGGGAUAAUGACCUGGUGUUUAUCUCUCACCGAGCUUUUCACGGUCUCAGUAGCCUAGAGCAGCUCACAAUGGAAAGAUGCAACCUGACCUCUGUGCCAACAGAGGCCUUCAGUCAUCUUCACAACCUGCUGUCCCUCAGGCUGCGCCAUCUCAACAUCAACAUCAUUCGAGACUAUUCCUUCAGGAGGCUCUAUCGACUCAAAGUCUUAGAGAUAGCAAACUGGCCUCUUUUAGAGACCUUGACUGCCAGGUCCCUCCACGGGCUUAACAUCACAACCCUGAGUAUCACGAACUGCAAUCUUACUGCUGUCCCUUACGUGGCCAUUCAACACCUGGUUUACCUUCGCUUUUUCAACCUGUCCUUCAAUCCGAUUGAGGUCGUGGAGGGCAACAAAAUGCACAAUUUGCUGAGGCUCCAGGCGUUUCACUUGGUAGGGGGACGGCUAGCGAGCAUCGAGCCUUAUUCUUUCAGAGGACUCAACUACCUUCGGGUUCUCAAUGUAUCCAGCAAUAGUCUAAGCACUUUAGAGGAGUCUGCGUUUCACUCGGUCGGCAACCUGGAGAUGCUGGCUCUCCACGACAACCCCCUGGCGUGUGACUGUCGUCUGCUCUGGGUCUUUCGCCGUCGAUGGAGACUCAAUUUCAACCGCCAGCAGCCAUCUUGUGAGACGCCAGAGUUUUUGCAGGGUAAAGAGUUUAAAGACUUCCCGGACGUUCUCCCGGCCAACUAUUUCACCUGUGAAAAAUCAAAGAUACGAGAUCACAAAGCCCUUCAUCGAUACGUGGAUGAGGGCACCACAGUUCAAUUCCCUUGCCAGGCAGAUGGAGACCCAGCACCUGUGAUUAUGUGGCAGUCUCCCAAAAAGCAAUUUAUUACUACAAAAAGCAUCGGCCGGCUGUCGGUGUCUCCAGACGGCACCCUGGAGGUUAGAUACGCCCAAAUACAAGACAAUGGCACGUACACGUGUUUUGCCGUCAACGCGGGGGGAAACGACACCCGUUAGGCCCACCUGCACGUUCAUAGCUAUUCUCCUAAUUGGCCCCAUCAGCCCAAUAAGACCUUUGCCUUCAUCUCAAACCAGCCCAAUGAUGGUGGUGCAAAUGGGACUGGUGUUACAGAUCCCUUUCCCUUUGAUAUGAAGACUCUCAUUAUCGCUACAACUAUGGGGUUUAUCUCGUUCCUUGGAGUGGUGCUGUUCUGUCUGGUGCUCCUGUUCCUCUGGAGUCGAGGAAAAGGCAAUGCCAAGCCAAACAUCGAGAUUGAGUACGUGCCACGAAAAGUAGAUGGAGACAGCAGCCCGACGGAGGGAUCGCACAAGAUCAGUAUGAAGAUGAUUUAACGGACUAAUCGCCAUUGUGUGUGCAUUACGUGAGGUAUAGGUGUUCUUGACUUACCUUGAUGAAUGAGGGCGUGGUUACUUUUGCACCCAUUAUAGAGAUGUGAAAAGAACAUUAUUCUAACAAAAGCCUUUUGCAUUUUUUUUUACAAACUGUAUAGAACAAUCUCACUUGGAUUGUGUCUUCAAAGGGAAAGCAGGCAGGUUUCAAAUAUCUGUGUAUUUGUUUGGGUAAGUGUUGAAAUAUAUAGUCCUUUGUUCAGAAGCCAGAAUCCAGAGCACCGGUAUGUUUAUACCUGUCCUCUUAUGUUUUUUCCUGUACAUAAUUAUGUCAAUGUACAUUGGGCAAUACAGUGGUUAAAUGCAACUGGGUUGUUGAGCCUACUGGAGUGCAUGUGCCAUAUAGAUACAUGCAAAGUGUAUAGGUCUAAUGAAAUCACUGUAAAUGUCCAUUACCAACUCUUUAUAAGAGAUAAAUUUGUUUUAAAAAUGAUUUAUUGAUUAGGCUUGACAAUCAUAAUAUGUCAAAAGUCAAGUAUUAAUCAUAAAGUAUUUUUUGAUUUGACGGUGCAAUUUCAAUGUUGACACUGUACAUAGUAUCCUAAGCCCGAUGUAGCUUUGAAUUUAAAGCCAUUUUCUCUGAAUGAAAAUGUGACAAACCUAUUGGACCUGUGGUUGUAUUCACACUAAACUACUGUAUCAUCUGACAGAUCUUCACGGUUUUAUUUACCUACCGAUGAGAAGUUUACAGUUUUAUUGAUUUAGUCAUCCAGAUGGCAUUAAUUUGCCAUGCUGUAAUGCCAUUUUCUAUCACUCUCAUGAGGCAGCAGUUGUUCGGUAGGUAAAUGUGUUCUUCAAACCCUUAAAACACUUGAUUGACAACACAGUGCUGAUUUUGGGACAAUGGAUGACUGUAAAGCAUAUUAAAAUUACAAGCUUUUGUACGCCAGCGUCUUUGCUCAUUUCUGUGGCUCUGUGAAUGAAGCGGGUAGAUUAUUAUAGUGACAGUUCACCCCAAAAUAAAAAUUCUGUCAUCAUUCACUCACCUUCGAGUACUUCCAAAUCUGUACACAUGUCUUUGUUCUGAUAAACACAGAGAAAGAUAUUUGGAAGAAUGCUUGUAACCAAACAGUUCUUGGACCCCAUUGACUAUGAAAAAUUUAUUAUAGAUUUUUUUGUUCUGUUGAACACAAAACAAGAUAUUUUGAAGAAUGUAGUAAUUUCUCUUUUGACCACCAUUGUAAUUUUUCCUACUAUGGUAGUCAGUGGAGUCCAAGAUUUUUUGGUUACAAGCAUUUGUCCAAAUAUCUUUCUCUGUGUUCAUCAGAACAAAGAAAUUACACAGGUUUGAAACUACUAAAAAAGUGAGCAAUUCAUGACAGAAUUUUCAUUUUUGGGUGAACUACCCCGUUAAGAAGGUGCUCUAAUGUACUGUCCCCCCACCUCUUUUUUACAACUCAACAUGUGCUGAAAAUGUAUUUUUUCUGCAAACAAAAAAUAUAUUUUUGUUCUAGUGGUGAACGCAUCAUAAUGUUAAUGAGAAUGGAUUUGAAGUAUUACAUCAACCAAGGAUUAUAGCUUGGAGUUCAGACCCUUCCUGAUUCUGCCUAAUUGGAUUAACUUGAAAUGUAUCAAUUUUGACCCUAAUUAAAAAAACGAAUUCUCA